AGCGCGUCGCCGGCUGGGCCGUGCUGGUGGCCAGGAGGGAGAGACGAGGAGGAGGAGGAGGAGGUACCUCUGAAUUAGCCAGAUUGGGUUUAUGUAAAGAGACGCCAGUAUAUUUGGAUCAUCAGGUGCCUACCUCUGAUGUAUGUACAUUUACUUGAUGAUUGCCUUUUAUUCCACUUAGAAAGAAAUUGCUUAUGGUUGUGCUUCAAGAAGACUAUAGGGAAGAACACAUUUUCUUUUUGCUGCAAAAGUUGCAAUAACAGUGAGUGGGUAACAGCCAGGAUAUGUCUGUCUCUACAAAACAAGCAGAACAAAUUUCCAUGAAUCAAAGCCACUAAGUAUAGUUUUCAGAGAUGAAUCUGAAGGUUUGAAUGGGUCAAUGAGUAUUCUCAUCAUUGAGGCAUUCUAUGGAGGAUCCCAUAAACAGCUGGCGGAUCUGCUCCAAGAAGAGUUAGAAGAUUGUGUGCUUUAUACCCUUCCUGCAAAGAAAUGGCACUGGAGAGCACGGACUUCAGCUUUAUACUUCUCUCAGAACAUUCCCACCAGUAAGCAUUACAGGAUUCUCUUUGCAAGCUCAGUGCUUAACCUGACCGAACUGGCUGCCCUUCGGCCUGACCUUGGGAAACUGAAAAAGAUUCUGUACUUCCACGAGAACCAAUUGGUAUAUCCUGUCAAGAAAUGUCAGGAGAGGGAUUUCCAAUAUGGAUACAACCAAAUUCUUUCAUGCCUGGUGGCUGAUGUGGUGGUAUUCAACUCGGUUUUUAAUAUGGAGUCAUUUCUCACUUCUAUUGGAAAAUUUAUGAAGCUGAUUCCUGAUCACAGACCCGAGGAUCUGGAAAGCAUCAUCAGACCCAAGUGCCAAGUUAUUUACUUUCCCAUCAGGUUUCCUGAUGUGAGCAGAUUCAUUCCCAAGCACAAAACAACCCAUUUAAUGAAGAUGCUCAGUCUUAAAGGAAAUAGCAGUGCCACUUUAUCCACGGCCCUUCCUUUCCAACCAAAGCAGAGAGAUUCUGAGAAUUUAUUGAAGAGUUGUAAUUCUGAAUAUGAUGCACACUCUGGCCUUGAUACUGUGCAACAGGAAAACUGGAGAAAGUCAUCAGUGCAGGAGUCAGACUUGAAAAAGUCCAACCCAUCAGAUAAUUCAAGCUCUCUCCGUGGGGAAAAUAAACAAAAUGUGACUCUUAAUCCCUGUGACAUUUUGAGUGGAGUUGAUGAUCAGCAAAGACCAUUGCACAUUGUGUGGCCUCACAGGUGGGAACAUGAUAAAGAUCCAGAAAGUUUUUUUAAGGUAUUAAUGCAUCUUAAGGACUUACGACUCAAUUUCCACGUCUCUGUCCUUGGAGAAACCUUCACAGAUGUCCCAGAUAUAUUUUCAGAGGCCAAAAAAGCAUUGGGAUCUUCUGUCUUACAUUGGGGCUACUUACCCAGCAAAGAUGACUAUUUCCAAGUACUGUGCAUGGCUGAUGUCGUCAUUUCCACAGCUAAGCAUGAAUUCUUUGGUGUGGCAAUGUUGGAAGCUGUGUACUGUGGUUGUUACCCAGUUUGUCCCAAAGAUCUGGUUUAUCCCGAGAUAUUUCCAGCUGAAUAUCUGUAUUCUACACCUGAACAGCUUUCAAAAAGGCUCCAGAAUUUCUGCAAGAGACCAGAUAUUAUAAGAAAACAUCUCUAUAAGGGUGAAAUGGCUCCGUUUUCUUGGGCAGCCCUACAUGGUAAAUUCAGGUCUCUGCUUACAACAGAACCUAGGGAAGAUUUGUGACAGAUGGGUCUAAGUCACAAACUUGCAGCCUAAGGCAGAAUCUGAAGAACUUUCCAGAGUGUGCCCAUAUUUACCUGAUCAGAGAGAAAAGAAAAUCUGCAGAGGAAGCUGAGCCUGGCUGCUUGUCAUAGCUGACACAGAGCCAUCUGCCACAAACCUGUGGCGGCUUCAGAUCUCCAAUCCCUGCCACCACCCCAACUCAAAUUAAAUACAGAUUCCUAGAGACGUUAUGAUGGUUACACAUGUCCUCGGCAUCACAUGUAGGAGACUGUUCAAAAAAAAUAUGUGGCCUGUUGUAUAACCGCACUCAUGUAUCCCAUAUGUGGUGCCACAUUGAAUUUCCGGUUGAAUCCGUUUUUAUCCUUUGUACUGGAUGACAUGGUGCCUGAAUUCUUUCUUUUCGCCGACACGAUGGCAGCCAAACUGCAGCUUCAAACGCUCACACUUGGCUGGGUUUCUACCUAGGUUGCCAGGUUAUCAUCGGAGCCUUCUUGUGUCCUCAAAGGGCCACAGGGCCUGAAAGGAGCAGCAGAGUGCUACCGGACUAAUUGGGCAGGCAUCUCAGAAUUGUUUGUGGGCAAAGGGCUGCUCUAGCCCUUUUUUGUUAGCAAAUUAAUGAGUCUCUGGCACAGGGGUUUUAAGUGAAGGUAUUAGUAAGGGGGUCUGGCAGGUAUUCCCAUGAUUCACAGAGUUGCAUUUGCAUUUAAUUAAUCUUAAAGAAAGUUGCAAGAUAAACAGCUGUAAUUUGGACAAACAUGGCAAAUACAGUAAGAGGGGGCCAUCUCACUCAUAAAAUGAACACUGAGAUACUUGUUUUAACUUUUUUCCAGGGGUAAAAAUAGAGAGGUCAAAAUACUUCUAACAAAACUCAUAAUUUUGAAAUAGUAUUCCUCAAAAAUAUUUGCACCCACCUACAAAAAUGUAUCUCUUCAAGAUAAAUCACUUAUGAUUCCAAUAGUCAAGCUGCUGUAUUUGUCGUUGUAAAGAUGUUUUGAAUGGCUAGAUUGUAAAAUAAAUUUUUAAUAAAGUGGCCGCUGCAGUUUUUAAUUAGCAUAUUCAUUUACGUGUAAGUAUGUACAUCUAUCUAUCUGUACGUUUUUCACUGAAUGCUUUUCUUGUGUCAGAGACAACGAAUACAAUUGUUUCUUUUCCGGAUGAACAAGGAUCUGUUUUGCAAAUGUUUGUAAGAUAUUAUGACAUUUCCAAGAUUUUCUUUGCAUUCUGGAAAGCAGGAGGUAAACAUUUGUAGUCAUUAAGGUAAAGUCUGUUGAUAAACCAUCUUCUGUUUACUGACAGGUAAAUUGUAACUUUCCUAGCUUUUGAAAUGAAUAACUUCUAUCCACCACAGAGUGAGGCGCAGUCAGGGAGAGUUGGCUAGACAGGGGCCAAGCCUAGCUCUCUGGCUUCUAAAAGGAUUGAGUGGCCAAGUAGGCAUCUAAGAUAGAACAGGCAAUGGUGCAGAAGUCUACUCGGGCCCAUUUGAGAGACAGCAAAAUCGAAAGUAGGAAAUAGACCAAGGUUAGGGAGCCAGACACAGCCCUUGGGGUAGAGGUAGUCUUGCAGACCAAAGAAAGCAGUUCCUCCAUGAGGCCUGGGAAUUUAAAAGCAGGAAAAGUAAGAAACAGAAACAACAAGCUCUGUCUUUACCACAGACUCUUCUCCCCAGCCAGUAUGAGAUUCAUAGUGUAUGAUGGGCCACACAGCCUCUGAACAAAUUACUUCAACCAUGAGACAGAGGGCUCAGGAAAUAUGUCAAAGUCCCUUCCAAUCUAAGACGAUGGAACUCAGAAUCUAGCAGGUAUGUUCCUUUUGAGAACAAAACUAAAGAUAGGAAUAUGAAUAAGAAGUUGUCAGAAACUUCUGGGCAAUGUUAUACUUUAUACCAUCUAAUGAGAUGAACCAGCUGAGUCAGUUUGCUUUAGGCAGAAAGGUGCUGUGUCAUAGAUGACAUCUUCACAAGAUAAUAUUGUAAUCUCACAGCCAAGAAAUAGUAUUUAGUUUACUGUUUUUCUAUCCUGAAAAUAAUGGGCUUACGUUUUAUAGUGGAUAAGAU